AUGGGCAACGAGUUCGACUACCUGUUCAAGCUCCUCUUGAUCGGCGACUCCUCGGUCGGCAAGUCCUGCUUCCUCCUCCGUUUCUCCGACGAUUCGUAUGUGGACAGCUACAUUAGCACCAUCGGCGUUGACUUUAAAAUCCGCACUCUCGAGAUGGAUGGGAAGACCAUCAAAUUGCAGAUUUAUCUCUUGCAUUUACAACAGUGGGACACAGCAGGACAGGAGCGGUUCAGAACCAUCACAAGCAGCUACUACCGAGGAGCUCACGGGAUCAUCAUUGUCUAUGACAUCACGGACAUGGAGAGCUUCAACAAUGUCAAGCAAUGGCUGAGCGAGAUCGACAAGUACGCCAACGACAGCGUGCGCAAGCUACUUGUCGGUAACAAGUGUGAUCUGGCUGAGAGCAGGGUCGUCGAUACUGCGGUGGCACAGGCCUAUGCUGAUGAGAUGGGUAUUCCUUUCCUAGAAACAAGUGCUAAAGAGUCCAUCAAUGUGGAAGAGGCCUUUUUGGCAAUGUCUGCAGCAAUCAAGAAGAGCAAAGCUGGAGGCCUUGAGAGGAAGGCAUCCAAUCUGGUCCAGAUGAAAGGCCAGCCAAUUCAGCAGCAGCAGCACAAGCAGAAGAGCAGCUGCUGUUCAACAUGA